AUGGCGACGUCCAAGGCCACCGUCCCCGUCCUCGUCGGCUUCAUGCUGCUGACGGGAGUAUGCAACACGCUGCUCACCAAGUAUCAGGACAUGGUCUGCGUCGCCGACUGCGACACCGCGCGCCCCAAGACCUUCGAGCAGCCCGUCAUCCAAACUCUCCAGAUGUUCGUCGGCGAGUCUGGAUGCUGGCUGGUGGUGCUACUGUCCUUCCUGCUCCAACGCUUCGGUGGACAGUCGAGGGCUGGCGAAGCGGCGUAUCAGCCUGUCAGCAGCCGGGAUAGCGAGGAGGAUCGGAUAUCAGAGGAAGAGCAGGACCUCAGCUCGUCACAGACACUGGUCGACCCUACCAAUGCGGUCGCGAAACCGUUCAUCGACGGCGAGGAAGGGGAGAUACAGCGGAAGCCGUUGACGGGGUGGAAAGUGCUGGUGUUGGCUAUGCCUGCGAUCUGCGACAUCUGCGGGACGACGCUGAUGAACGCGGGUUUGCUGUUCGUCGCGGCGUCGAUAUACCAGAUGACGAGGGGAGCGUUGGUGUUGUUCGUCGGACUGUUCAGCGUUGUCUUCCUGAAGCGACACUUGGGCGCUUGGAAGUGGGCGAGCUUGUUCAUUGUCGUGCUGGGUGUGGCAAUAGUCGGGUUAGCGGGGUAUCUGGACAAGAAGGAUGGGCAGCCUGAUUUACCUGGUGAUACGCAGCCGGGAGGAGACAAGGAUGUUCUGAUCUCGAGAUCUCUACGGCUGGUUAGAGACGUGGUGGUGGAAGUGGCAGAGGACGGCCCGAAUGCAGCGCAGACGGUGAUUGGGAUUCUGAUGAUUGCUGGAGCGCAGAUCUUCACGGCUUCGCAAUUUGUGCUGGAGGAGAGCAUCAUGGAGAGGUACUCUAUGGACCCGAUACAGGUUGUUGGCUGGGAAGGUGUGUUUGGCUUCACCGUCACUCUGAUUGCUAUGGGUGUGCUGCACGGAGCCAUUGGGACCGGAUACUUCAAUGCCCGCGAAGCGUUCUACGAGGUCUUCACCAAUCGCGCGGUGGCUGUCAGCUCGCUGCUAAUUAUGAUCUCGAUUGGCGGCUUCAACUUCUUCGGCCUCAGCGUGACCCGCUCCAUCUCGGCGACCGCGCGCAGCACCAUCGACACCUGCCGCACGCUCUUCAUCUGGCUCGUCAGCCUCGGGCUCGGCUGGGAGACCUUCAAAUGGCUCCAAGUCGUCGGCUUCAUCCUGCUCGUCUAUGGCACGGGUGUGUUCAACGAAGUCGUUCGACCGCCAACCCCAUUCUUCCUGCGAAAACGAAGAGGCGUCGUCCUCGACGAACACCGUAGCUGA